AAGGGUGAAGCGGCGGAGGCGGGGUGAUACAAGCUUUGGAUUCAUAGCUGAGGUCCUGCUGUGCUUUCCCAGGACUUUCACUUUGGGCCUGGUCCACGCUGUGGUCUCAGCGCUUUGCCAGGACCUGGUCAGAGAAGAUGCUCCGGAGAAGCUGAUGACUGAGUGAGGACCAGAGGAGGACGUGCCCCACCUUGGGACAGAGCUGGGCGGGGGGACCAAGUCCUGGGCCUGGAGCCAUUUUUCCGGCCAGGGUGUUCUCCCUUCUCUGCCCUUGGAGGGGACGUCGCCCCACGGCUCUGGGAGGCAUGUUCAGGAAUGCGACGGCCAUCUGUUUGCACCUGGUGGGGCCCCUCUGGGGAAAGAAGUCUGGAGCUUCGCUCACCCGGUGUUUGCACCAGACUUUCACCAUGGCUAAACGGCUGCAGGCUCGAAGGCUGGACGGGAUCGACCAGAACCCGUGGGUGGAAUUUGUCAAACUGGCCAGCGAGGAGGCUGAUGUUGUAAACUUGGGCCAAGGCUUCCCAGACUUCUCACCCCCAGAGUUUGCCGUGGAAGCCUUUCAGCACGCCACCAGCGGGGACUUCAUGCUUAACCAGUACACGAAGGCAUUUGGUUACCCACCCCUGACGAAGAUUCUGGCCAGUUUCUUUGGGAAGUUGCUGGGACAGGAGAUAGACCCACUCAAGAACGUGCUGGUAACCGUGGGUGCCUACGGGGCCCUGUUCACAGCCUUCCAGGCCCUGGUGGAUGAAGGAGAUGAGGUUAUCAUCGUCGAGCCUUUUUUUGACUGUUAUGAGCCCAUGACAUUGAUGGCAGGGGGUCGCCCUGUGUUUGUGUCCCUGAAGCCGAGCCCCACCCAGAAGGGAGAACCGGAUUCCAGCAGCAACUGGCAGCUGGAUCCCACGGAGCUGGCCAGCAAGUUCACAUCUCGCACUAAAGCCUUCAUCCUCAACACACCCAACAACCCCCUGGGAAAGGUGUUCUCCAGGGAAGAGCUGGAGCUGGUGGCCAGCCUGUGCCAGCAGCAUGACGUGGUGUGCAUCACAGACGAGGUGUACCAGUGGUUGGUCUUCGAUGGGUUCCAGCACAUCAGCAUCGCCAGCCUCCCUGGCAUGUGGGAACGCACCCUGACCAUCGGUAGCGCUGGCAAGACCUUCAGUGUCACAGGCUGGAAGGUGAGAGAGUAUGGGGGGAUGGGGAGCCCUCCCUCCACAAUCGUUGGCGGGAGAGGCUGGCCUGGGAAUCCGGAAAGGGUUUGGCUGGGCCCCCAAGGGCCUCACCCUCUCCCUAUGUUCUUGGUCCAGGUGGGCUGGGUCCUUGGCCCGGACAGUCUCAUGAAGCACCUGCGUACUGUGCACCAGAACUCCAUCUAUCACUGUGCCACGCAGUGCCAGGCCGCAGUGGCUCAGAGCUUCGAGCGGGAGCAGCUGCACUUCGGCCAACCCAGCAGCUACUUUGUGCAGUUCCCACAGUACAUCCAGCGCUGCCGCGACCACAUGAUACAGAGCCUACAGUCCGUGGGCCUCCGGCCUGUGAUCCCCCAGGGCAGCUACUUCCUCAUCACAGACAUCUCGGACUUCAAAAACAAGAUGCCUGACUUGCCCGGAGCGGCAGAUGAGCCCUACGACAGACGAUUCGUCAAGUGGAUGAUCAAGAAUAAGGGCUUGAUGGCCAUUCCAGUGUCCACCUUCGUCAGCGUGCCACACCAGAAGUUCUUUGACCACUAUAUCCGCUUCUGUUUCGUGAAGGAUGAAUCCACGCUCCGGGCCAUGGACCAGAAGCUGCAGAAGUGGAAGGCUGAGCUCAUGCCCUGAGGUCGUGACAUCAACCCUGAGCCCUGCCUGGUGCCUGCACACUCUGCGAGGCUCUGUCUUUGUCCAGCUCUCAGCCAUUCCCCAGGUGGCAGGUAGAUGGUACUGGAGGAGCCCGUCUCUGUAAUACAGAAUGAUCCCAGGGAAGAGUCCUGCUUUUGGUCUUUGGGGAGUCGGGAGCACUUCUUCAUGGUGCAUGGCUCUGUUCCUGUCGCAGAGGUGAGGGAGGCCUGGCUGGGGCCUCUCCCUGGUGCUCCCUGUGCUGGGCUGAAUGGUUCUGGGUCCCCUCGCCCCUUCCCAGGCUCAGCUGGGACUCUGAGGGCAGACUUCAAUAAUGUAUUGGCCUUGGUCCCAGUCCUGGCCCCAGCCAGGCCUCAGACAUCCUUCCCUUUCCUUAUCUACAUUUGUUCUUGGGAAGUUGUAUUUAGCUGUGAGUCCUCAAGCCAGUACUUUUUGCCCAUAAUAAAGUUUUAAGCU